AUGACUGAGUUCUUCACGGACGACCUAUCAUGGAAGGACACAAAUCUGGCUCUGUUCGGGUCGGAUGAGGAUAGACGAGUGAAAAAGGAUGCCGCCAUGAUGGAAGAAGCUUGGAUUCCUGUCUUGCGAAUACACGGACCUCAACUGUUUGUCUGGCGUAUUGAAAAUUUCCGCGUCAAACCAGUGAAUCCAAAUGACUACGGUCAAUUUUUCAAUGGCGACAGUUACAUUGUGUUAAAUGUGUACGAGAAGAACAAAAAGUUAAACUAUGACGUACACUUUUGGAUUGGUCAGAAGAGCACUCAGGAUGAGUAUGGUACGGCAGCUUACAAAACAGUGGAAUUGGAUACCUUGUUGGACGGAAUCUGUGUGCAACAUCGGGAAGUUGAAGGUCACGAGUCGAACCUCUUCAAAUCAUAUUUCCCCAAUCUGCGUAUCCUCAACGGUGGAAUUGAGAGCGGGUUCCGUCACGUGACACCGAACGAAUACCAGCCCCGUUUGCUUCAUUUCUGUCUGCAAGAUCGUAAAUUGGUUGUUAUGCAAGAAGUUGAACUGUCCGCGAACUCACUCAACUCGGGCGAUGUGUUCAUUCUGGAUUUGGGCUCGUCGGCCUACCAAUGGAACGGACGUAAUUCGAACAAAGAAGAACGUUAUGCGGCAGCACAAUUCAUGGCUGAAUUGGAACACGAACGAUUGGGUAAAUGCAAAGGCACGGUGUUAGAUGAAGACAACGUGGAAGACCAUGUAAGUUUUUGUGACUUUAUCAAAGAUGCUGAAAGCCAUCGCUCUGUGAUGGGUAAGUUUAAGGACGUGUUCCUACGAGUACUGCCCAAUGUUCCGAUCAAACGAUCACAGAAAUAUUUGGACAGCACAAAGUGUGUGUAUAGAUUGAGCGACGAAUCUGGUGAACUGAAAUUCGAGCUGAUCGCGACCAACAGCGCACCGAAACGACUGUUACGUGGGGACGAUAACUAUUUGCAACAUACCACUCACCCACUUGUGCCGAUCACUGUUCUUCGAGAGGGCCAACUGAGCGAGGAUUUGGAACAAGCCUGGGAUCCGGAUCGUACCAAAUACUAUCUGAAAGAUUAA